GGGCGGAGCCCGAGUUUAGGAAGAGGAGGGGACGGCUGUCAUCAAUGAAGUCAUAUUCAUAAUCUAGUCCUCGCUCCCUCUGUUGCUGUACUCUGGGUGACUCAGAGAGGGAAGAUUCAGCCAGCACACUGCUCGCGAGCAAGUUUAGUGAUACUCUGCUGACUGGCAGAGCCAGGAGAAGUAGAUGUCCACACCCACAGACCCAGCUGCAAUGCCCCAUCCUGGGCCUUCCCCGGGGCCUGGACCCUCUCCUGGACCAAUUCUGGGGCCCAGUCCAGGACCAGGACCAUCCCCAGGUUCGGUCCACAGCAUGAUGGGGCCCAGUCCUGGACCGCCCAGUGUCUCACAUCCUAUGUCAACAAUGGGCUCUGCAGACUUUCCACAGGAAGCCAUACACCAGAUGCAUAAGCCCAUGGACGGGAUACAUGACAAGGGAAUUAUAGACGAUGCCCACUGUGGAUCCAUGAAGGGCGCCAGCAUGCGCCCACCACACCCGGGAAUGGGCCCUCCACAGAGCCCAAUGGAUCAGCACAGCCAAGGUUAUAUGUCACCACAUCCUUCUCCUUUGGGAGCCCCAGAGCACGUCUCCAGCCCUAUAUCUGGAGGAGGCCCAACCCCACCCCAGAUGCCACCGAGCCAGCCAGGGCCACUCAUCCCAGGAGAUCUGCAGGCCAUGAACCAGCCUAACAGAGGUCCUUCGCCUUUCAGUCCUGUCCAGCUGCAUCAGCUUCGAGCUCAGAUUUUAGCUUACAAAAUGUUGGCCAGGGGCCAGCCCCUCCCUGAAACCCUGCAGCUUGCAGUCCAGGGGAAAAGGACCUUGCCUGGCAUGCAACAGCAACAGCAGCAGCAGCAGCAGCAGCAACAGCAACAGCAGCCCCAGCAGCCUCAGCAGCAGCCCCAGCAGCCUCAGCAGCAGGCGCAGCCACAACCGCAGCAGCAGCAGCCUGCCCUUGUUAGCUACAACAGACCAUCUGGCCCUGGGCAAGAGAUGCUGAUGAGUGGCCAAAGCACCCCACAGAAGCUGUCAGCACCGGCACCCAGCGGCCGGCCGUCGCCCGCACCCCCAGCCGCUGCCCAGCCCACCGCCACAGCUGUGCCCGGGCCCUCGGUGCAGCAGCCUGCCCCAGGGCAGCCGUCUCCGGUCCUGCAGCUGCAACAGAAGCAGAGCCGUAUCAGCCCAAUCCAGAAACCGCAAGGCCUCGACCCCGUGGAGAUCCUGCAGGAGCGAGAGUACAGACUGCAGGCUCGCAUAGCUCAUAGGAUACAAGAACUGGAAAGUCUGCCUGGCUCUUUGCCACCAGAUUUACGAACCAAAGCAACUGUGGAACUGAAAGCACUUCGGUUACUCAAUUUCCAGCGUCAGCUGAGACAGGAGGUGGUGGCCUGCAUGCGGAGGGAUACCACCCUGGAGACGGCCCUCAACUCCAAAGCAUACAAGCGGAGCAAGCGCCAGACCCUUCGAGAGGCGCGCAUGACGGAGAAACUGGAGAAGCAGCAGAAGAUAGAACAGGAGAGGAAACGGAGGCAGAAGCACCAGGUCCUUAAGCCUUUGCAUACCCUUCCUGGUCAGAGGUGUCCCAUGGGGUCAGUGGUCGGGGCUGAAGAUGAGGAGGGCUACAGGAAACUCAUUGACCAAAAGAAAGACAGACGCUUAGCAUACCUUUUGCAGCAGACCGAUGAGUAUGUGGCCAAUCUGACCAACCUGGUUUGGGAGCACAAGCAGGCCCAAGCUGCCAAAGAGAAGAAGAAGAGGAGGAGGAGGAGAAAGGCUGAAGAUGAGGAGGGCUACAGGAAACUCAUUGACCAAAAGAAAGACAGACGCUUAGCAUACCUUUUGCAGCAGACCGAUGAGUAUGUGGCCAAUCUGACCAACCUGGUUUGGGAGCACAAGCAGGCCCAAGCUGCCAAAGAGAAGAAGAAGAGGAGGAGGAGGAGAAAGAAGGCUGAAGAGAAUGCAGAGGGAGGGGAGUCUGCCCUGGGACCCGAUGGAGAGCCCAUUGAUGAAAGCAGCCAGAUGAGUGACCUGCCCGUCAAAGUGACGCACACAGAAACUGGCAAGGUCCUCUUUGGUCCUGAAGCACCCAAAGCAAGUCAGUUGGAUGCCUGGCUGGAGAUGAAUCCUGGGUAUGAAGUUGCUCCCAGAUCUGACAGCGAAGAGAGUGACUCUGAUUAUGAGGAAGAGGAUGAAGAAGAAGAGUCCAGUAGGCAGGAAACGGAGGAGAAGAUACUGCUGGAUCCAAACAGUGAAGAAGUUUCCGAAAAGGACGCCAAGCAGAUCAUUGAGACUGCGAAACAGGAUGUGGACGAUGAAUACAGCAUGCAGUACAGUGCCAGAGGGUCGCAGUCCUACUACACGGUGGCCCAUGCCAUCUCCGAGAGGGUAGAGAAGCAGUCUGCCCUCCUCAUUAAUGGGACCCUAAAGCAUUACCAGCUCCAGGGCCUGGAAUGGAUGGUUUCCCUGUAUAAUAACAAUUUGAAUGGAAUCUUAGCUGAUGAAAUGGGGCUAGGCAAGACCAUCCAGACCAUUGCACUCAUCACAUAUCUGAUGGAGCACAAAAGACUCAAUGGCCCCUAUCUCAUCAUUGUUCCCCUCUCGACUCUGUCUAACUGGACAUAUGAAUUUGACAAAUGGGCUCCUUCUGUGGUGAAAAUUUCUUACAAGGGUACCCCUGCCAUGCGACGCUCCCUUGUUCCCCAGCUACGGAGUGGCAAAUUCAAUGUCCUCCUGACUACUUAUGAAUACAUUAUAAAAGACAAGCACAUUCUUGCAAAGAUUCGGUGGAAAUACAUGAUUGUGGAUGAAGGCCACCGAAUGAAGAAUCACCAUUGCAAGCUGACUCAGGUCUUGAACACACACUAUGUCGCCCCCAGAAGGAUCCUUUUGACUGGGACCCCGCUACAGAAUAAGCUCCCUGAACUCUGGGCCCUCCUCAACUUCCUUCUCCCUACAAUCUUCAAGAGUUGCAGCACAUUUGAGCAGUGGUUUAAUGCUCCAUUUGCCAUGACUGGCGAAAGGGUGGACUUAAAUGAAGAAGAAACUAUCUUGAUCAUCAGGCGUCUGCACAAGGUGUUGAGACCCUUUUUACUGAGGAGACUGAAGAAAGAGGUUGAAUCCCAGCUUCCAGAAAAGGUUGAGUAUGUGAUCAAGUGCGACAUGUCAGCUCUGCAGAAGAUUCUGUAUCGUCAUAUGCAGGCCAAGGGGAUCCUCCUCACUGACGGUUCUGAAAAAGAUAAGAAGGGGAAAGGAGGUGCCAAGACGCUUAUGAACACUAUCAUGCAGCUGAGAAAAAUUUGCAACCACCCAUAUAUGUUCCAGCACAUUGAGGAAUCCUUUGCUGAACACCUGGGCUAUUCAAAUGGGGUCAUCAAUGGGGCUGAGCUGUAUCGGGCCUCAGGAAAGUUUGAGCUACUUGAUCGUAUUCUGCCCAAAUUGAGAGCAACUAACCACCGCGUGCUGCUUUUCUGCCAGAUGACGUCUCUCAUGACCAUCAUGGAGGAUUACUUUGCUUUUCGGAACUUCCUUUACCUGCGCCUUGAUGGCACCACCAAGUCUGAAGAUCGGGCUGCUUUGCUGAAGAAAUUCAAUGAACCUGGGUCCCAGUAUUUCAUUUUCUUGCUGAGUACACGAGCUGGGGGCCUGGGCUUAAAUCUUCAGGCUGCGGACACAGUGGUCAUCUUUGACAGCGACUGGAAUCCUCAUCAGGUGUGCAUAUCUACUUGGGCGCCAAGGCUUUCCCUCUGGAGAGGAAGGGAAAGAUUAUCAGUUUCAUCACUCACAUUUAUAGGACAGAGCACAUUUCUAAAUGACCGGGCAAUUUCUCCAAAGGAGAAAUAGCCCAGCCAAUUAUUA